ACCGCCUGGUAUUUCAAUCCGGGUCUUUUCUUUCAAUCCAUCAAGGUUCAACCUAGCUAUUCUUUCUUCCUUUGGCUUAAUAAUAUAAUAUUAUUGAUUCUAGCAUUACAACUUGUUGAUACCACCACAUCAUUUGUGUUACUAUCGUCGUUAUUGUAUUACAGAGAUAAAUCAAUCAUCCAUCUAUCCAUCUAUCCAUCUAUCCAUCCAUCUAUCCAUCUAAUCCAUCCAUUCAUCCAUUCGCACCUUUCUACAGCCUCAAAUCUAUCCUCCUUUGAUACUUCCUACAGCAGAUUGUUUGCUUUUCUUUCCCUCUUGCCCCCUUUUCAAAUUCACCUAAAAUCCUCAUCUGCUUCUUGCUUCUUGCUUCUUGCUUCUUGCUUCUUGCGUCUUGCUUCUUGCUUCUUGCUCCCUCGGCCUAUCCUUAUUUUACCCUCGAACUGUAUUCCAACCCGCAUCUCGCACCAACUCCCAAGCUACAUUAUACCUCAAUCGCAUACCUGCUACAAUAUUUGCAACACGGCCUGAGAUAACCGGCGACCACAGAUAAUCUGCGACAACUUACACUGUCAGGUUUCAACCUUGUUCAACCUCGUGCCACUUUCUCCCUCGUAUUUGAUACAUCUAUGCAUCACCAGUCGUAUAUCAACCAUCCGGUCAGAACUUUGAGGAAGCAGAAUAUAUCUUUGUAAAGUUGGCAACACAAUACUAUCAGUAUGGAGGCAGAAUCGUUGGAUAAUGACACAAGGGGAUGGAUUAUGGCCGUGAUUAGUGGAAUAGGUCAGUACAAUACCCGAAUGGUCCAUAGGAUGAUGUUCAGUGACCUCUAACAAUAAUCUUUAGCAUGUGUAAUUGGCAGUUGCAUAAUCUGCAUAGAUAUACUGAUAAGACAUAUCCCCAGCAAAAAGAAUUUCAGGAUACAGGAUAGUAAUGCUUUCCUGGCUGCCUCUUUAAGCUUGAGUUUCGGUGUAAUGGUAGGUUAGUCCUUUCGCACUUUGCGCCAACCAUUUACUAAUCUUUGUUUCUAUAUAGAUAUUCUCCUCAUUAUAUAGUAUGCUUCCAUCAUCGAAAAAAUACCUUAUUGAAGGUGGUUAUACAGCACAUGCCGCUGCAUGGAUUCUUUUGGCCUGUUUCGCCGCCGGCUUUAUUGGUAUACAAUUUGUCUCGAGGCUCAUGCAUCACUUUAUCCCAUCGCAUGUCUCACACUGCGAUCACUCUCAUGAGCCCAAUGCAGCACAUCACGACCACAAUAACCAUUUUGAAGCCCUCGACGGUCAUCAUGACCAUAGCCUUCCACUCUCAAAAUCGAGUUCUCAUGUAGCAGUUCAUCAAGCGAACAGUACGACGACUGAAUCUACACCACUUCUCAUGCCAAGUACAGAGGAGAAUGGAAAGUACCUGCCCAAGGGUCUUGCGUUAAUAAAUUCAGAUUCCCAGCCGAACAAUCAUCGUCAAUCCGCAGCUUCUAGCAGACGACCAUCACUGAUGGAGGUUCAAGCCAGGGUCAUGUCUUUUGUGAAGGAUAGAAAGGCUAAUUGUGACGAGAGUGGGCCAUGUUUUGGAUUUUCUGACCUUUGUGGACGAGAGUGCUUAAGAACCCCCAUCAAUACAAGACCUCCUUACACGGCACGAACUCCAACAGGCACUCUAUCAACUCGCUCUCAUCCUUUCACUCUCCCGGAAGAAGAAGAAGAGAGUCAGGACAAUUCAACACGAUCUCAUGAAGAAACGGAAAUGGCUAGUUGUCAAGACUCUGACAUUGAAGCACAACAACAUCAUCACCAUGUCCCCGAAAAUGCAUUUAUGGAUAUUGGUCUCCAAACAAGUAUUGCCAUUGGAUUGCAUAAGUUGCCAGAAGGUUUCAUUACAUUUGCUACCAAUCAUGCAAACCCCGAACUUGGGGUUUCUGUAUUUCUAGCCUUACUCGUCCACAACAUCACUGAAGGAUUUGCAAUGGCUCUUCCAUUGUAUCUAGCACUUGGUAGCCGACCUCGAGCUAUCUUCUGGAGUUCUCUCUUUGGCGGCGUUUCACAACCAGCAGGUGCUGGCAUUGCAGCUGCAUGGUUUUCGAUUUCUGGGCGAGAGGGCCACGCCCCUAAUAUUGUGGUUUAUGGAUGCAUGUUUGGUGUCACGGGAGGUAUCAUGGCAAGUGUUGCUUUGCAUCUUUUUGCUGAGUGCUUGGGCAUGAAUCAUAACAGGAGUUUGUGCAUUUCUUUUGCAUUUGUUGGGAUGGCGUUGAUGGGUAUGAGCAAUGCUCUUACCUCUGAAUAAGGAAAUGAGGGAAUAAGACUGAAAGAUGGUACGCAUUAUGAAUAGACGAUUGGCGUUUUAAUAGGAUAUCAUACCACGGGAUAGGGCCUUUUUGGUGGGUUUUGGUGGGUCUGGAUGGAUUAUUUUGAACAUUAGGGAUGUAUUUUUAUCCAAAGUCUGAAGUUUGAAAUUGGUUGGCUAGGGGUAGCAAGGUUGGAAAUAGCUCACGCUUGAUUAGAAUGAAUAUACCGCAACUGUAUUGCAGCAAAUCGAGCUGCAUUCAAAUCAUCUCCUUGAUCUUUCUUAUCUUACUGUUGUGAAGGUCUAGCAGAGUCCGAUUUGUUGUUGAGGGUAUGUAUCCCAUGAGGGCCAGAGAUAGUG